AUGGUGAGUAACGGCGUUACUAUCCGUAAUGCUGUUGUUAAGAAUCAGGAUGACUGCUUGGCUGUUAACUCUGGCACCAAUAUUGUCUUCACCGGUGGUACCUGCUCCGGCGGCCAUGGUCUCUCCAUCGGCUCCGUCGGCGGCCGCGACGACAACACCGUCAGUAACGUGACCAUCUCCCACUCAACCGUAUCCAACUCCGCCAACGGCAUCCGCAUCAAAACCAUUUCCGGCGCCGCAGGCAAAGUCUCAGGCGUGACAUUCAACAACAUCCAGCUCUCGGGUAUCACCGACUACGGCGUUGUCAUUGAGCAGGACUACGAGAAUGGCAGCCCGACCGGCACCCCUACCACUGGUGUUCCCAUUACCGACUUGACUGUGCAGCAGGUUAUUGGCUCUGUUGAGAGCGAUGCUACUCCGGUUUAUAUUCUGUGCGGUGACGGGAGUUGCUCGGACUGGACUUGGUCGAAUGUGGAUGUUACUGGUGGGGAGUCGAGCUCUAAGUGUGAGAAUAUCCCUUCUGGUGCUUCUUGCUAAGUGUAUGAUCAGUUGGAAGUGUUGAUGGGAUACUUUGGCCUAUCAUUGUGGGCAAUGAUAGCUGGCAAGAG